AUUAAAACAACACAACCCCUCAAGUCCUGAAGUCCUGAACCACCCCUCAAGCUGCCUAACCGCUCGAUAAGUUUCUGGCUCCGUCACAAAACCAUUUUUUUUCGUCGUCUUUUUUCCUUCAGGUCUCGGAGUAGAACUGGUAUAGAUCUUGAUCUUUUGACAGAGAGUUUGAGAUAUAAUAAUAUUGUGUUGCGGGAAGAAUGGCCAAGCAUCACCCUGACCUGAUCAUGUGCCGGAAGCAGCCAGGAAUAGCCAUUGGACGACUCUGCGAGAAAUGUGACGGGAAAUGUGUCAUUUGUGAUUCAUACGUGCGGCCUUGCACGCUGGUCCGCGUUUGUGAUGAAUGCAACUAUGGCUCUUUCCAGGGUCGCUGCGUCAUCUGUGGAGGGGUUGGCAUUUCUGAUGCUUAUUACUGCAAAGAGUGUACUCAGCAAGAGAAGGACCGUGACGGUUGCCCCAAAAUAGUCAAUCUUGGAAGUGCCAAAACUGAUCUUUUCUAUGAGCGUAAAAAAUAUGGGUUCAAGAAAAGAUGAUUUGUGUGUUCCUUUGCAUUGCCUAAACAGAGGGGUGGUAUCAAUGUUGCAAUUUAAUCAAAGACUUUGUCAUUCUGUUGUCUUUACCUUUUGUGCUGUUUGCUUUGUCCUACUCUUUGAGGGUGAGAGUAAGCAAUAGGUGUGCUUAGGCGACCCUAGCUUUCCUGUGUGUUUUUUCAACUUUCUUUUGCAAUGCUUUAGUAGGACUUUUUAACUCUGGUAUUUGAGCUUCUCAAAUAGGCGGAUUAGCGCUAAGAAGCAUUAGUGCCACUCCAUACACCAUUUUCUCAUUCAUAGAGGGUUGAAUGCCUUCAUGUGAGGAUCCAACUUUCUCUUGAGCCACCUCAUUCUCUGCAUAAGUAUUGUUGGGCUACUUGAUUGACAUGGACCAGGACCAAAGAGGGUAUUAUCUUUUUUUCUUUUUCGUAUCUCAAGUAGGUUAGUUUAAAAAUAGAUACUCUGUAUUUUACAAAAUAAAACUCUGUAUUUUACUAACUGUUAUCUAAUGUUCAUUCCUUCCCCUUAUUC